GAGAAAAGCCACCCCGUACUGUAACCUUGGCGAGGUGGUUGUAUGUUUGCAUCUGUCGGGUUCCCUCGAGAGGCUUCCAUUCCAAGACCCGUCACGCGAGCUCUCGAUUUUCGAAUCCGAUGCCAGCGCGUCAAAGGGACGAGAGCCCGAACCCGAAAACGCGAAAACAGAAGAAUCGGGUUGGCAGAAACACGCUAAAAAAUAGAACAUGGGAUAAAUGCCAGGGUCUUGGUCUUGACGGGGCUCUCACAUGGUGAAUCGCUUUUGGGCUAGGACUUCCAGGUUGGUGAGAAAGCCAGCAGAUUUGCUCACGAAGAUCAAUGCAAUUCAUGUCCCCACUGUCACCCAGUACUAAUUUCAGGCACCGCAACCUGACUGGCUGGCCGUCUUGGCCAAACGUCCCACCAACUCCAGCACCCUCCGAAACGAAAUCUGACGUCGGUUAGCGGCCCAUGCCAGAGCCGAUCCGCCCAACGUCAACUCGGUCCUCACCUUUGCCGUGCGCCCCCAACCCGAGCAAGACGGCGAUGCAGCCCGAGUCAGCAAGCAGCCUGAGAGUAACAUAGCGUGCUCAUCAGCGCAUCUGCCUCCCAUGGCAUCCCGCAGCCGCGACUGCAACCCCAGCUCGGAGCGGAAGCGGUCGACGUCGCGGACGCGGACGCCGCGCCCGACGACCCCGCUGCGCCCGUCGUCGCGGUCCUCGUUCCGCGACUCGGCCCGGGAUAGCGUCCAUGGCUCCGAUGCGUCCUUCCCCCUCGGCGCCUUCGAGCCCGCCUUUGCCGAGCUGGCCGACGCCAUGGCCGAUCUCGAGGCCAACAUGAUGCACUUCCAGAUCAUGCACGAGAGCCUGUCGCGCUUCAGCGAGAGCUUUGCCAGCUUCCUUUAUGGUGUCAACAUGAACGCCUUUUGCGUGGAGUUCCCUGAGGCCCCCGCCCCUGAGUCCUUCAAGCGGGCAAAGCAAAUGGAGGAACAGCAAGCUUCUGGUGCCUCUCGCUUCCCAGACCGGCCUGGAGAGAUGGAAGGUGAUGCGACGUUCAUGACGACCGACACGUCAUUUGUGGAUAACCCGUCUGCAUCGUCCAAGGCUGCGACCCCUAGGAGAGCGCCGCAGACACCGGCACGAGGCACCUCGUCCCGCGGACGUGGAGCUCCUGGGACUAGAGGUGGUGCGAACACUAGGGGCGCCAGCACCCGCGGCCGGCCGGCGUCGGGCAUCGCUCGCGGAUCUACUCGAGGUUCACGGCCUAGCGGGCUGCCAAGAGGCCGUGGCGGCCGUGCGGGGUGAUACUGGACGGUGGUUUCAGGGUAUGAGACGUGUGGUUUUCGCCAUAGCACGCGGGCGAAAAAGCUGCCUCGCUAGUGGUUGAUCCGCGGUAUUUGACCACUGGCUGCCGUUCGGAAUAUGCCUGUUCGUCCACCCUGCCAAGUUGGUAGAAUGUGGCCCUCACUCACCUAAGCAGAAUUUUGCUGCAGGCCUGCAGAGGAGGCCGGAGCGGCGGGCCAUCGUUUCCCAGAGAUCUGGCCCCAUGCAAAGCGUCGCAUUGGGUCUUCGAGAGCCUAGUAUGGAAUGUACUUUACCGCCUCGCCUUGCUACGUGCAGCGGUACCCCAAAAGGUUUAUGUGCCGUAGAACUAUUCGCGAGGAUAUGGAAUGUGGGAUGGAUACAAUUCGCAUUACCUUCAUUCGUCCAUGCUGACUGGCGAUCAUCUCUUGGUCGCCUUCCCGUUCUGGUUGACAUUG